AUGCAUAUUCCGAACGUGCGCGCAGCGUCCGCUGCAGCAUGGCAGAAGGCGAACACUCGAGUACGCGAUGCCUCUAGCUGGGCUCUGCCAAAGCAGUCGUCCUCGGUCGCCCCUGAUUAUGUUUGGAGCAACAUUGAUCAAGACCCAGUCCCGCCUGAGAAACGUACUUGGACUGGUUGGUCGUUCACGUGGUACUGGUUCAGUGAUCUGGUCACCAUUGCUGGCUGGUCAGCAGCCAGCUCUGUCAUGACUACCGGACUUUCCGCGACAGAUGCGAUCCUAAUCACUUUGGUGGCUGCACUAUGCAAUGCUAUACCGACGGUCUUGAAUGGAGCAAUCGGUGCCGAUCUCCACAUCACCUUCCCCAUAGCUGCUCGAGCUUCUUAUGGGUACUGGCUCAGCUACUUCUGCGUAGUCUCUCGUGGCAUCCUUGCAUUAUUCUGGUUCGGUGUGCAAUCAGCCUACGGUGGACAAUGUGUGACGAUCGUCAUUCGCUCCAUCUGGCCAAGCUACGCACAUCUGGCCAACCAUCUACCGUUGUCCGCUGGCAUCACAACACAAGGCAUGGUCUCGUACUUCCUUUACUGGCUGAUCCAGUUUCCGUUCAUGCUAAUUCCGACGCACAAACUUCAAUAUAUGUUCUGGUUCAAGACCAUGCUGGUAUUGCCCACUGCACUGGCUAUGGUCAUUUGGAUCUCUGUCAAAGCUGGUGGCAAUUCCACCGCAUUCUUCCAAGCACCGCCUACAGUCCACGGUUCCGAGCGAGCAUGGCUUUGGCUCAGCAGUAUGACAAGUGUCACAGGCGGUUUCAGUACCUUAGCUGUGAGUUGUGAAAUCAUUGUUGAAAGCGGCCCAAUACUGAUUUACACUGAGGUCAACAUUCCCGACUUCUCACGCUUUGCCAAGAAACCGGGCAGCCAGAUCUGGCAACUCCCCAUGAUCCCACUGUUCAAAUGUAUUGUAGGAGUUUUUGGCGUUGUGGCCGCUGCCGCAGCGAAGGAGAUAUAUGGCAAGGUCUUGUGGUCGCCACUGGACAUCAUGGCUAUGUGGCUGACCACUCCGGGUGGUCGCGCCGCCGCUUUUCUCUCUGGUUGCGUCUGGCUCCUGGCUCAAUUGUCCGUGAACAUAAGCGCAAACUCGAUCAGUUUUGCGAAUGACAUCACCACACUUUUCCCAAGGUGGUUCAACAUCCGCCGUGGUGUCAUCUUUGCUGCGUUUGUUGGUGGCUGGGCGAUGUGUCCAUGGAUCAUCAUCAAAUCUGCCAAAUCGCUCUUGAGCUUCCUCAGUGCCUAUGCAAUUUUCAUGGCGCCUAUGGCCGGCAUACUCUUCUGCGACUACUGGCUGGUCAAGGGCCGUAAAUAUGAUGUGCCGGCGUUGUAUGAUCCUCGCGGCAUAUAUCGUUACAAGGUACGGUCACGAAUCAAUCCAGGUGUUGGCAGCAUUGUCACUGAUCUUCAGUCUCAGUAUGGAGUGAAUUGGCGAGCGUUGAUCACCACUGUCGUCGUCAUCGUCCCACUGCUGCCAGGCAUGGCCAACAAAGUCACGCCUGCCAGCGUGCACAUCGACCAAGGCCUCAAGCACUUGUUCGACUUCAAUUGGAUCUACGGCUUCUGUUUAUCUAUCGCGAUGUACUGGGUGUUGAACGUGGUCUCGCCGGACAAGCGUACUCUGAUCCCGGAGGUCGUACAUGGCACCUCGCCGGUUCUGAACGGUAUCUCCGUGGACAGUGAUGCUGAGAGGCAGAUGUCGUAUCGUGGCGACACUAAGCCUCCGAUGGAGAUGAGCGGGGCUAAAGAAAUCGGAUUGGUCGCUGCUAUUUAG